GUAGAGAGGAUCAAGAGUUCUUUCUUCCGGGUCAAGAGGGUCGUCUGGUCCAGGUUCCGAUCUGCCAGAAAGAUCCAAAAGAUAGUCUAGUUCAGGCUCCGAUAUGGCCUCUUCUACUCCACCACGAAGAGAAACUUUCUUCGCCUCCACAACCCAAACACCACCACUACUACAUCUUGGUGGAGCAAUAGCAAGUUGCAAGUCAUUGUUGGUACGCAUUUGGAAUGGGAAUCAACAAACCAGAUGUUCUCUUCCUUCUAGGGCUUUGAUUCGCAUCGAUUCCAGAAGCUCAGUUCAAAGUUUGACUAAAUCGAUUCCAAAAGUUCAAUUCAAGGUGAGCAAGGAUGAUGCAUUGAAGAUGUAUAGUAGUAUGGUUACCCUUCAAACUAUGGACAACAUCUUCUACGAAGCACAAAGGCAAGGAAGAAUGUCCUUCUAUCUCACCUCAUAUGGAGAAGAUGCUAUCAACAUUGCAUUAGCUGUUGCACUCACCCAAGACGAUAUUAUCUUGCCUCAGUAUAGGGAACAUGGUGUUCUAUUGUGGCGUGGUUUCACCUUGCAAGAAUUUGCCAACCAAUGUUUUGGGAACAAGGCUGAUUAUGGGAAAGGAAGGCAAAUGCCAAUUCAUUAUGGGUCCAGUGCGCUCAAUUCUGUGAACUUAGAUAGAUGUUUUUGAGUUUGUUUCAUGGUGGGUCACCAAAGCUCAACAAUGGUUGUUUGUCUAUGCCAUUUUCUUGGUAUAGAAACAGGGAUUUU